AAUCCACUCCUACCAUUUCAUCAAUGACACAUUCAUAUGAAAACUUCACAAGAGAUAUCAAACUAAUCACUUUGACUUUGCAACCUUUUUUCAAUUUUCUCCUUGCAACUCAUUAGCGCUUGACUCAUGAUGAUUUCUAAAACCAUGAUUCAUCUUUGGUUUUUUUCUUUGACGUGCUUCAAUGCAUGCUCAGCUCAACUGGAUUAUGACCAAUCAAGUUGCACUUCAAAUGAAAGUUUCCCAGGGUCAAGGUACACCUGCAAUUCAACUCAUGAUUCAUGCAAAACAUACUUGGUGUACAGAGCCAAUGAACGUUUCAAGACCAUUUCAGAUAUCUCAAACCUCUUCAACAUGAGCUCUAGACAGGUGCUUCACAUAAACAACCUCACAUCAUCUUCUGAGAUACUUAAACAAGGUAAAGAGGUUCUUAUUCCUGUUGAUUGUACUUGCUCUGGAGAGUUUUAUCAAGCUAGUCUCAGCUAUAAAGUCCCUGAAAUCACAACAUUUUCAGAGAUUUCAUGUGGGGUUUUUGAAGCUCUAUUGAAACAACUCACUAUGGCUGAGGAAAAUCUUUCACAAGGUGAAAGCCCUGAAGUUGGUUCUGAGCUUCAAGUUCCUCUUAGAUGUGCAUGCCCUGGGAAUUUCUCAAGUGGGAAGAAAGUGAAGUACCUUGUUACAUACCCUGUAAUUCUAGGAGAUGAUUUAGACCAAUUGACUCAGAAAUUUGGCAUCUCACCUGAAGGUUUUUUGGAACAAAAUCACUUGAACUCCUUGUCCACCCUUUACCCUCAAACUGUUGUUUUAGUUCCAAUUGAUGAUGACCCCAUCAGAAUAUUUGAAAUUCCAGAUUCUCCUUCUCCACCACCUGGUUUUCUUCCCACAAAUCCAGUUAAGCUACAUAAAUCACUAGAAUCAUCACAUUUGUAUAUUGCAGGAUCUGUCUUAGGACUUGUGUUUUUUACAACACUGCUUGCAAGUGGACUCUACAUGAAGAGAGUGAAAAAAAGUGAUUCUGUACACUCAUUCAAUACAACAAACACCUUGUGGUCAUCCCCAAUGAGAACCUCUCCAGCAUGGUGCCUCUCUCCAGAUCUUCUUCUUGGAAUAAAGUACUGUUUGGUCAAUUACCACAUAAAAGAGCUUGAAAAGGCCACCAAAAGUUUCAGUGAAGAAAAUAAGAUUGGUGAUUUUGUCUAUGAAGGCUUAAUCAAUAAUAUUGAGGUGAUGAUCAAGAGGAUGAGGUUUGAAGACACAAGCCAGGUAAUUGACUUACAUUCCAAAAUCAAUCACAUAAACAUUGUGAACUUGCUUGGUGUAUGUUAUGGUGAGGGCAAUGCUUCAUGGUCUUAUCUAGUUUAUGAGUUGCCUAAAAAUGGAUGCUUGAGGGAGAUUAUAUCUGAUCCACUCAAUCCUCUAAACUGGUACAGAAGGACACAAAUAGCAUUUGAUAUUGCAACAUGUCUUUACUAUUUGCAUUACUGCUCUUUUCCUUCCAUAGCUCACAUGAAUGUUAGUACUAGAAAUAUUUUCAUCACUGCAAACUGGAGAGGAAAAUUGGCAGAUGUUGGUGGUUCAACCAAAAGAAACGACAGCACAGAAAUUCCCAAAGGAUUAGUGGAACCAGGGAACCUUUUGAAGGGUACAGUAUCUCAAAAAGUUGACAUUUUUGCAUUUGGGGUUGUCUUGCUUGAGUUGAUCUCAGGAAAAGACAACUUUGAUGGAAAAAUGAUUAAAGAAUGCUUUGGACUUUUGUUGGGGGAAGCAAGUGAAGGGGGUUGUUUUGAAGGUUUGAGGAGUAUCAUGGAUCCUAAUCUGAAGGAUUAUUCUCUUCCAGAGGCUUUGUGUUUGUCUUUUUUAGCAAAGGAUUGUGUGGCAGAUGAUCCACUGCAUAGGCCAACUAUGGAUGAUAUCAUGAAAGUCCUAGUCAAAAUGGUUUAGCCAAGUGCAGAACAAGAAAUUAUAUCAGGUGAAUUAGAUGAAAUUAAGGUUGUAAUUAUGAAAAUAUCAUGAUGAGAAAUAAGUUCCUGUGCUGGCUCCUCUCAAAACAUGCAAGAGAGUCAAAUUUAUAUCAAACAUUUUCCCAAUUAUCAAUGUCUGUUGGUUCAAA